AUGAACCCCUACUACAGCUACCCCUGCGCGGCGCCCAACUACGCCUACGCUUACAGCGCAACACCCAACCACUACAUCCAGAUGCCGCGUGGUCCCUACGACGCCCCCGCUGUCGUGCCUAUCCAGCCGGGAGUCACGCCAGGCCAGCCGUACUAUUACCCCCAGACGCCGCCCAGCUCGGCGUCGGACCAGGGUAGCCAGAAGUCGAGCUAG